AUGGAUGUGACACCAUUUACAGCAUCUCUUCUGCUCAGAUUUAGCAGUGGCUUGAGAUGGCCAACGGGUACCUUGAAGGAGCCUAAGUUUUUGCAGGAUGUGGUGACCAUCUUCUCGCCCAUCCCUGUACCUUUAAAAUUGGUUGCAUCUGAAUUUGAGGCAGAACUGCAGUCUGCUGGUGAGAAGCUUAUAGUAGUUGAUUUCUCUGCCACAUGGUGUGGACCGUGCAAAAUGAUCAAGCCCUUUUUCCAUAAUUUGUCUGAGAAGUAUGGUGAUGUGAUCUUCAUUGAAAUUGAUGUGGAUGAUGCCCAGGACGUUGCUACACACUGUGAUGUGAAGUGCAUGCCAACAUUCCAGUUCUACAAGAAUGGAAAGAAGGUGCAGGAGUUCUCUGGGGCCAAUAAAGAGAAGCUGGAAGAGACCAUUAAGAGUCUAGUCUAAUCUCCAGCAAUGGAGACAUUGAAGCAUGACUGCUUCGGCUAAAUUAUAGCCUGUAACUUUUCUACUUAAAAAAAAAAACCUAAACAAGCUGGGUAGGUCACAUGGUGGAAACUAUCCUCUGGAUCUAUGUAUAUGAAUCCAAUAAAGUGUAAAUUCUUCACUU